CCAACGGGAUUAAGGGAUGGGCUGCCCCGCCCACGUGCUGCCUCACCCACUGUAGGGUUUGGGCUGCAACCCGCUCUGCCGGGAGGAGGGGAGGCGAGGGCUUGCGGAGGAGGACACCCAGGUGGAAGGAAGGAUGCCUCAGCUGAGCCUCUCCUGGCUGGGACUCCACACAGCGGCAGCCUCCCCAUGGCUGCUCCUGCUGCUGGUCGGGGCCUCCUGGCUGCUGGCCCGCCUCCUGGCCUGGGCCUGCACCUUCCAUGACACCUGCAGCCGCCUCCGCUGUUUCCCAGAGCCCCCAAGGCAGAGCUGGUUUUGGGGCCACCUGGGCCUGGUUCCCUCUGAUGAACAAGGCUUGAAGUUCAUUGUUGAGCAGGUGGCCACCUACUCCGAGGGGUUUAAGAUCUGGCUGGGGCCCACCAUCCCCCUUGUGGUCUUCUGCCAUCCCAACAUGAUCCGGACAAUCAGCAAUGCCACAGCCACCAUCGCACCCAAGGACAAGUUCUUCUAUGAUUUCCUGAGGCCCUGGCUGGGGGACGGGCUCCUGCUGAGUGGUGGGGACAAGUGGAGUAGACACCGCCGCCUGCUGACACCCACCUUCCACUUCAACAUCCUGAAGCCUUACAUUAAGAUUUUCAAUGACAGCGUGAAUGUCAUGCAUACCAAGUGGAACCGCCUCAUCUCUGAGGGCAGCUCCCGUCUGGACAUGUUUGAGCACAUCAGCCUCAUGACCCUGGACAGUCUGCAGAAAUGUGUCUUCAGUUUUGACAGCAAUUGCCAGGAGAAGCCUAGUGAAUAUAUAACCGCCAUUCUGGAGCUCAGCGCCCUUGUGUCAAAACGGAACCAACAGAUUUUCCUGCACAGGGACUUCCUGUACUACCUCAGCCCUUACGGACAGCGCUUCCGCAGGGCCUGCCGCGUGGUGCACAACUUCACAGACGCCGUCAUCCAGGAGCGGCGCCGCACCCUCCCCAGUGAGGGCGCUGAUGAGUUCCUCCAGGCCAAGGCUAAGGCCAAGACAUUGGACUUCAUUGAUGUGCUCCUGCUCUCCAAGGAUGAAGAUGGGAAGGAAUUGUCAGACGAGGACAUCCGAGCUGAAGCUGACACCUUUAUGUUUGCAGGCCAUGACACCACGGCCAGCGGCCUCUCCUGGGUCCUGUACAACCUUGCGAAGCACCCCGAGUACCAGGAGCGCUGCCGCCAGGAGGUGCAAGAGCUCCUGAGGGACCGUGAGCCUAAGGAGAUGGCAUGGGACGAUCUGUCCCAGUUGCCCUUCCUGACCAUGUGCAUCAAGGAGAGUCUGCGGCUGCAUCCCCCAGUCACGGACAUUGGCCGCUGCUGUACCCAGGAUAUUGUGCUCCCAGACGGACGAGUCAUCCCCAAAGGUGUUACCUGCCUCAUCAGCAUUUUUGCCACCCACCACAACCCAUCCCUGUGGCCAGACCCCGAGGUCUAUGACCCCUUUCGGUUUGAGCCAGAAAACAUCAAGAAGAGGUCACCUCUGGCAUAUAUGCCCUUUUCUGCAGGGCCCAGGAACUGUAUCGGGCAGACGUUUGCCAUGGCCGAGAUGAAGGUGGUCCUGGCGCUCACGCUGCUGCGCUUCCGCGUCCUGCCUGAUGACCAGGAGCCGCGCAGGCAGCCCCAGAUCGUCCUGCGCGCGCAGGGCGGACUGUGGCUGCGGGUGGAGCCGAUAAGCGCAGGGGAGCACUGAACCCCACCUUUCAUCUUCUGUCCCCGCUCCCACCCCCCGCUGCCGCCCACCACCUCCUCCCUUCUCUACCUACCGAAAGCCCCUACCCCUCAUCUCCCCCACCACU